ACACCUUUCGGUUUGACUUCAGGGGACUGGCGCCUAUGGAAAUCUUGGAAAGCUUGGAGAAAACACGGACAAGCGGAGCUUUCCGGCAGGUCUGGAGUCAGACCGGGCGGUGGCAAAGUAGCUGUUCUGCGCCUGCGCCGAACUUCCCGCAUGCUCAGUAGCUGAGGUGGGUUUAGUCUGCAUCCACUGAUGACCUAUCCCCGGAGGGUAAGCGCUGUACUGGACACUGCGGGGACCUGUUGCUUGAUCACGCUUUUUUGGUUACCCCUGAAGUCUCUUUCGUCUGACUUGGUGCCAGUCUUGUCACUGGCACAUCAUGGCUUCCAGUCACACUGUGUUGAUGCGGUUGGUGGCUUCAGCAUAUUCUAUUGCUCAAAAGGCAGGAACGAUAGUCAGGCAUGUUAUUGCUGAAGGAGACCUGGGUAUCGUGGAGAAGACCUGUGCAACAGACCUGCAGACCAAGGCGGACCGAUUAGUUCAAAUGAGCAUAUGCUCUUCUUUGGCACGGAAAUUCCCCAAACUAACAAUUAUAGGGGAAGAGGAUCUGCCUCCUGAAGACGUGGAUCAAGAGCUGAUUGAAGAUGGUCAGUGGGAGGAGAUACUGAAGCAACCAUGCCCAUCACAGUACACUGCUAUCAAAGAGGAAGACCUUGUGGUCUGGGUUGAUCCUCUGGAUGGUACCAAGGAAUAUACUGAAGGUCUUCUUGACAAUGUAACAGUUCUUAUUGGAAUUGCUUAUGAAGGAAAAGCCAUAGCAGGAGUUAUUAACCAGCCAUAUUACAACUACCAGAACAAUGAAAAUCAAAAGUUAAGGGAGCCCAGGAAUGAAGCAAAGGCAGGACCAGAUGCUGUGUUGGGGAGAACAAUCUGGGGAGUUUUAGGUUUAGGUGCCUUCGGGUUUCAGCUGAAAGAAGUGCCUGCCGGGAAACACAUUAUCACAACUACCCGGUCCCAUAACAGCCAGUUGGUUACGGACUGCGUUGCUGCUAUGAACCCUGAUGAUGUGCUGCGAGUGGGAGGAGCAGGAAAUAAGAUUAUUCAGCUGAUUGAAGGCAAAGCCUCUGCUUAUGUAUUUGCAAGUCCUGGAUGUAAGAAGUGGGAUACCUGUGCUCCAGAAGUCAUUUUACAUGCUGUGGGAGGCAAGUUAACCGAUAUCCAUGGAAAUGCCCUUCAGUAUAACAAGGAGGUGAAGCACAUGAACUCAGCUGGCGUCCUGGCCACACUGAGGAAUUAUGACUACUAUGCAAGUCGAGUUCCCGAAUCUGUUAAAAAUGUACUUGUUCCUUGAAGGGAAAUCUCGUCGACUCAGCCAGGAGAAGGACUUGCUCCUCGAAAUAAUACACUUUAAAACUAUAAUUGGAUGGAAUUUGAGCUCUACCUUUACUUCAUUCAUUGCUGAUCAGCGAUUUACAUUUGGUUACUUAGGAGUAGAAAAUUGAAUUUUUAAACGUCUUGAUUAAUGAAUCAACCAGACCAAUUUUGACAUCUGGAAAACUUGUAAAGUCAGUAUAUUUCACAUUUCAUUUUUCCUCCUUUUAUUUGGAGCAACGAAAGAAAAGCUUAGUUCCAACUGGCCAUCCUGGUGUAUUGUUGAAUCAGCAUUCCUGUUUUGUAAACCAGAUUUCUUUACGGCACAGAACUACAAGUUAUUACCUAAAUCUCAUUCUUGUCUUUCAUAGUAAUGUAAAAAGUUUUCCUACUCCCAUUCUGAAUACAUUAAAAUAUCAUUCUAUAUGUUGAUGAAACAGAUUUUGGAGAAACAUUUCUUUAUAAUAAAUUAUUUAAUUCUAGCUCUCUCUGUUAUUCACCAGCUUUUUUUGUUUUUAAGUAGUUGGAAACUAUGUAUUCUCUACUGUGGGCAUUACUUUAUUCUUAUGGCAUCAUUAUGCAGUUUAACUGUGGAAAGUUAGGUAAUUGCUCCUAUUCCUUCCAAAGGAAGAUUAUAAUGUAUGCUGUCAAAAUUAUUCUGACAUUCUGCCUAGGUUUUUAUUUUUUAGGUCUCUGUCCUGUGCUUUUAAAUAAAUUUCUCUCAUUGUAUUAA